AACAGUUUAAGCGCAACGAUUAGGGAAACAUCUCAAAUUCAGGCUCAAUGGCGAGGAACUAAAAUAAAGGCCAAAGCAGAGAUGUCGGCCUUCCAAAGAAACCUCAGAGCAACAGGUGGUGGACCGCCUCCCAAGUCACCUGAGUCUGAGCACAUCAAAUUGAUGGCACUUAUCCCCCAUGAAUUUGAGGUGGAUACAAAUGAUUUUGAUUGUGAUACUGAGAUUAACUGCAAAGACAGCGAACUCCUCAAAAAUGAAUUAUUUCAGUUCGCUAUGGCAAAUCGGACAGCCGAAAAAGAGUUUAUGCAGCUUGAGCACGACGAAAAAAUGAAAAGCAUAAUAAUGGAGCGGGAGAUUAAAUUGAAAACGUUAAAUAUGGAACAUUUAGAAAGGGAGAAAAUGCUUGAGAUGGAAAGGAGGCAUACAGAAGAAAUACACCAGCUCAAAAUGAGAAAAUUGGAAGAGCACUUUUCUCUGUAGUGAUUUUUUUUGCAUUCGUUUGAUUUUUAGCUAUUAUUUUCCAUUCCGUCCAUGAUGAAUUUGUUUUUGUUUUUUAUAAGUGUUUUUUUGUUUCAUGUUUUUCUUUAGUUUUGUAAGUGACGUUAAUGUUUUGAAUAGUUUUAAGUUUCUUUUAUGUUUCCCAAUAAAAAUUUAAAAGACACAUAUGUAAGAAAAUUAAUUUUUUAUUGAUUGCGAGUGGAAAAGUAUUGUUCAAUAAAUACACGCCGUGUGAGAUUUUGGUUGCUUCCUUCCUGUUGCGAUCUUUCUUGAUUUUCAGUUGAAUCUGCUUGAUUGUCAUCGUUCACAUCAUCAUCUAUUUAAACAAAAAAUAUUAUUAAGGUUUUUAAUUUUGUUUAAUUUUAUACCUGUGAGUGGAAGAACAUCCUGCAAAUCAAUUGCCAAGUUAUGAAGAACUGCUAAGGCUAUAAUAGUUGUUUUGGCAUUUUCUAAG